UGCAGGACAUCCUGGACCCAACCCAUUGAAUCCAGGAGAGCUGUGGGACAUCCUGACCCCAACCCAAAGCUGCUCAGGUCUCCCUCUCCUGGAAGACCAGGAGAUUUCCCACCGCCCGGAAGGUCUGGGCUCAUCUCCCAUCCCUCAAUCACGCGCUGCCCUUGGUCAUCCGACCCUGGAGGACUCUUCUCGAUGGCUUCCAGCUCGUCCCUUUUUUUGCGCCGCCCGAGGGGAACAUCCCGUUACGGCUGCCACCGGGUGAACUCAGCGGCACCCAAAUAGCGCGGCGAGUCAGGGUUUUAACGAGCGGGCGCACUCGUUAACGAGCCGCUUCAUUACCUGGCACCUCCAUCCUCGGGGAUGAUCCCUCAAGUUAAAAACAAGCUGCUCCAGCUCCAUAAAAAGCUUCUGGCGCGGGGUCAACGAGGCCAGAGGGAGCUCAGGGCCUCCCGGGAGGACAUCCCAUUGGAGAAGGGGAGGUGGCAUCUGGGAGGUGAACCCCAAAACGUGGUUCCUGGUCCCCUCAAAGGUCUUGUGAAGCUCCACCACCCACGGUCCCUCGUGGGGAGACACGUUCCUUCCACCCAGAAUUCGUGUUUUUUAGGAAUUCUGUCCCACGCGACGUGUCCUGGUGUUGAAGUUGGAGGGACAAAGGUCUUGUGAAGGUCUUGUGAAGCUCCACCACCCGUGGUCCCUCGUGGGGAGACACGUUCCUUCCACCCAGAAUUCGUGUUUUUUAGGAAUUCUGUCCCACGCGACGUGUCCUGGUGUCGAAGUUGGAGGGAGGUGGCGGAGAGCGGGGACGGAGGGGACACGGGUGAGAGCCCGCGGCGGGAGGAGGAGCCCGGCCAGGCCCCGGUCCCGCCAUGAACCCCCCUCCGCGCCGCGUGCGGCUGAAGCCGUGGCUGGUGGCGCAGGUGGACAGUCAGCACUACCCGGGGCUGCACUGGCUGGACACGCAGCGGCGACGCUUCGCCAUCCCCUGGCACCACGCCACGCGCCACCCCCCCGGCACACACCACCACGACACCAUCUUCAAGGCCUGGGCACAGGAGACGGGGAAGUUCACGGCGGGGGUGGACGCCCCGGACCCCGCCAAGUGGAAGGCCAACCUGCGCUGCGCCCUCAACAAGAGCAGGGAGUUCCGCCUGCUCUUCGACGGCACCAAGGCCACCCCUCUCCAGCCCUACAAGGUCUACGAGCUCUGCCAGGACACCCCCGCCCCCGUGGCCGCCUGCCCGCUGGCACCCACCGAGAACGUCAUCCCCAACCUGCUCAUCAGCCCCCACAUGCUGCCACUGACCGACCUGGAGAUCAAGUUCCAGUACCGGGGUCGCCAAGUCUGUGUCCUCACCAUCAGCAACCCCCACGGCUGCCGCCUCUUCCACAGCAGCCUGGAGCCCACCCAGGAGCAGGUGGACCUCUUUGGGCCUCUGACGUUGGAGCAGGUCCCCUUCCCCGCCACCGACGCCAUCCCCAACGAGAAGCAACGCUUCUACACCCACCAGCUGCUGGACGUGCUGGACAGGGGGCUCAUCCUGGAGCUUCAGGGCCAGGACAUCUACGCCAUCCGCCUCUGCCAGUGCAAGGUCUUCUGGACAGGGCCCUGCGCCGCCCCCAACCUCGGCCCCAACCCCAUUGAGAGGGAGAAGAAGACCAAGCUCUUCAGCCUGGAGGGGUUCCUCAACGGUCUCAUCCUGUUCCAGAAGGGUCAGACCACCACCCCCCCACCCUUCGAGAUCUUCUUCUGCUUCGGCGAGGAGUGGCCCGACCAGAAGCCCAAGGAGAAGAAGCUCAUCACGGUGCAGGUGGUGCCGGUGGCGGCGCGGUUGCUGCUGGAGAUGUUCUCUGGAGAGUUGUCCUGGUCGGCCGACAGCAUCCCCCUCCAGAUCUCCCACCCCGACCUCAAGGACAAGAUGGUGGAGCAGUUCAAGGAGCUCCACCAGCUCUGGCAGAACCAGCAGCGCCUGCCCCAGCCCGGCCCCACGCCCUGGUCCCUGCCCCACUGAUGGGGGGACACGGGGGGCCACCACCACCAGGCUGGUGGAGCUGGGGCCACCAGCAUCAUCCUCAUCCCGGGCUAGUCAACCUGGAGCCACCAGCAUUGUCCCCAUCCCGGGCUGGUUGACCUAGGGCCACCCAGCAUCAUCCCCAUCCAGGGCUGGUGGACUCGGGGCCACCAGCAUCAUCCCUACCCCAGGUUGGUGGAGCUGGGACCACCAGGGUCAUCCCCAUCCUGGGCUG